CUGGUUACCAUGGAACCCGAAAGGAACGCGGAGAAUGGCGCCUAGAGGGUUGGGGGGGGUGCCGAGUUUUGGGGGCCGUGCCCUCGGUCCCCUCUAGGACCCUGGCCCUGCCACAGGGACUGUCGGGAGUUGUAGUCCCAAGGCGGCAGCCGCAGGGAGGAUGCGGGGCGCUGACUGUCCCCGCCUCUCGCUAACCUGCUAGCGCGAGGUGGGGAGCGCUGGGGCGGAGCCAGCGGAUCGGCGAUUGGCCGAGGCCGCUACCAGCCCCCACUCGGGUCCCCUCCCCCGCUCGCCACUCAGGACUCCAGCUCUAGGCGCGCUAAGGCGGCCACCGAGCGAGCGCGCUAGCAGCGGCUACCGCCCUGUGCAACCCCAGCCACCGCGCCGCGGCGAGACCCGGAGACCGAACGACGGACCCGCACGGCCGCAGCAUCCUGGAGGAGAACAUGCUUGCCAAUUCAGCCAGCGUACGGAUUCUUAUCAAGGGAGGCAAGGUGGUAAAUGAUGACUGCACCCACGAGGCAGAUGUCUACAUUGAGAAUGGCAUUAUCCAGCAGGUGGGCCGUGAGCUCAUGAUCCCUGGAGGGGCCAAGGUGAUUGAUGCCACUGGAAAACUGGUGAUCCCAGGAGGAAUCGACACCAGCACCCACUUCCACCAGACUUUCAUGAAUGCCACAUGUGUGGAUGAUUUCUACCAUGGGACCAAGGCAGCACUUGUUGGAGGCACCACCAUGAUCAUCGGCCACAUUCUGCCUGAUAAGGAGACCUCCCUUGUGGAAGCCUAUGAGAAGUGCCGGGGUCUGGCUGACCCCAAGGUCUGCUGUGACUAUUCCCUCCAUGUGGGGAUCACCUGGUGGGCACCCAAGGUGAAAGCAGAGAUGGAGACACUAGUGAGGGAGAAGGGGGUCAACUCAUUCCAGAUGUUCAUGACCUACAAGGACUUGUACAUGCUUCGAGACAGUGAGCUAUACCAAGUGUUUCAUGCCUGCAAGGACAUUGGGGCGAUCCCCCGGGUCCAUGCUGAAAACGGGGAGCUCGUGGCUGAGGGCGCUAAGGAGGCACUAGAUUUGGGUAUCACAGGCCCAGAAGGAAUCGAGAUCAGCCGUCCAGAGGAGCUGGAAGCUGAAGCCACUCACCGUGUCAUCACCAUUGCAAACAGGACUCACUGUCCCAUCUACCUGGUCAAUGUGUCCAGCAUUUCGGCUGGUGAUGUAAUCGCGUCUGCUAAGAUGCAAGGGAAAGUGGUGCUGGCUGAGACCACCACCGCACAUGCCACACUGACAGGCCUGCACUACUAUCACCAGGACUGGUCCCACGCAGCCGCCUACGUCACGGUGCCUCCUCUGAGACUAGACACCAACACCUCCACCUACCUCAUGAGCCUGCUGGCCAAUGACACUCUGAACAUUGUGGCGUCAGAUCACCGGCCUUUCACCACAAAGCAGAAAGCUAUGGGCAAGGAAGACUUCACCAAGAUCCCUCACGGUGUGAGUGGCGUACAAGACCGAAUGAGUGUCAUCUGGGAGAGAGGAGUGGUUGGAGGAAAGAUGGAUGAGAACCGUUUCGUGGCUGUCACCAGUUCUAAUGCAGCCAAGAUUCUCAACCUGUAUCCCCGAAAGGGCCGCAUCAUUCCUGGAGCCGAUGCUGACGUAGUGGUGUGGGACCCAGAAGCCACAAAGACCAUCUCAGCCAGCACCCAGGUGCAGGGUGGAGACUUUAACCUAUAUGAGAAUAUGCGCUGCCAUGGCGUGCCACUGGUCACCAUCAGCAGAGGACGUGUUGUGUAUGAAAAUGGUGUCUUCAUGUGUGCAGAGGGCACUGGCAAGUUCUGUCCUCUGCGGUCUUUCCCAGAUACGGUCUAUAAGAAGAUGGUGCAGAGAGAGAAGACCUUAAAAGUGAGGGGAGUGGACCGUACUCCCUACCUGGGGGAUGUUGCUGUUGUUGUGCACCCUGGGAAAAAGGAGAUGGGAACUCCGUUGGCAGACACUCCCACAAGGCCCGUCACCCGACACGGGGGCAUGCGGGAUCUUCAUGAAUCCAGCUUCAGCCUCUCUGGUUCUCAAAUCGAUGACCAUGUUCCAAAGCGGGCCUCAGCUCGGAUCCUCGCACCUCCUGGAGGCAGGUCGAGUGGUAUUUGGUAAAGGCACUGAUCAGUGCCCCCAAGUGAGGAUGCACCACUGCCACCUGCUUGCAUACCCUCCGACCAUAGCUGCAGGGGGCGGGAGAGGCUGGGCUGGGCAGUGCACCACCUGUGGGGGCUCCAGGAACCGAAGAACCCUCCCCUUGUCUGAAAAUGAUUCACGGGUCUUCGAGCCACCCCUAACAGGCACUUUGAGCUGUCCCUCCUGCUCUGUUCCUUCCUUCCUUGGCCCUGAGAUUUCUCUGGGCCUGGAAGCCCACACUAUGCACAGCGCCUGGUCCUGCCCCUCCUCUCACCACGGCCUCCUGUGCUGGUUCUGGGAAGGCCCAGGCUUUAGUGCCCUGCCCUGCUGCCCAUCCGGCCAGGUGUCCAGAGCACUUUAGCAGAUGUGUUUUAUAAGUAAAGGCCUUCCUCCCAACCCCCCCCUUAGGCCUUAUGGUGACAUUUCCCAAAUCAGACAGGUGUACGUUUCCCAGCCAUACCCAAGACGUCCCAUCUCUCCUGACUCACCCUUGGCCCUGUGCAGUACAAGGGACACCCUCGGUGUGGCUGUAGUUGGAACACCCUGUGCCCUUUGCCAGCUUCGUUCUACUCCCCACCCAUAUCCUCUGGGAGUCCCAGGCCCCAAAGAGGUAGCUGGGUGGGCAUAGGGCUGGUGCCAGGUGCGUGUAAAUGGUUUUGUUUUGCACGUUUGGUUUGCGCAGUGGUUUGGUUUGACUUGUUUGUGCAUCCUGUGGAAAAUAACGGUGCUUCGUGUCACUAGCAUAGCAUAGAAACAGGAAUAGAUGUGGUUCUUAGGAGAUGCUGCACUCACCACCAACCAGACAGCACAGAGAGAGAUGAGGUGGGGGGGGUGGCUGGCCCAGUAGGCCCCAGUCCCUUAACCCAGGGACCUGUUUCCUACAUUCUGAUGGGCUUGGAUGCAGACUCUUGAGAUCCUCAGGCAGUAAGGGGGCCCCUCUCAUCUCUGUCUGUGGUCACUCCCAGCACUAACCCCACACCCUCAUACCCACCCACCCCCAGCUUCCUGUGACUUCCUCCUGCUGGACAAGGUCUGACUACUCCUCCUGUGUGACUGGCAAGAGGCCUCAUGCCUGCCUGCUGAGAAAGGGGGAGUGGGAGAGGGUUCAACCAGACAGACAUACAGACACCAGGGAAGGAGACUUAAGCCCACAGGACCUAGCUGCAGAGUCCACCUCGCUGGACAAGCGCUGUGGUAUCCUGCACUCAAUACCAUGUUCUCAUGACUGCUGGUCUCUCCAGUGACCAGUUCGGCCCUCCCUGCCUCAGAAGCUCCUCAGAGGUUCCCAUGGGUGGCUACAUGAUCUAGGAAGUGGCCCAGCUGUCAGUCCUUGACAAGCCUCAUUUCCCUGCCCCUUUGGCAAGUAAUCUUUUGUUUAGCACCCUAAGCUUGCAGGAGGCCCCUGGAAUCUUGGUAUUCGUAUCCUGCACAUGUCUAUAGUGCUGGUUGUACAUCAGAGCAUUUAUAAGUUCUCACUUGCUCCUCACAACAUGUUGCUCUCUACAACUUACAGAUAAAGAAACUGAGACCUGAAAAAUAUGGGUCCUCUGGCCCCAGACGUGUUCCCUUAUGGCCUUGGUUGUCUAGCCUAGAUGUGGAAAAGAGAGGUGGAAUAAUAUCAAUACCACCAGGAGUUUAACCAUGUAGAACACUUUCUCCCUAGUAACAUUCUGCCUUGCUUUGCACAAGUCAGUUUUAUCUUUGUUGUGAACAGACUAAUGCAUACUCUUGGUUUCAGCCUGAGUUAGAAAAAUGUUGGGGACUUGUCAUGCAGGUUGAGCUGCACCCCAUCCUCCCUUCACCCCCAUUGUCCUGAGGAGCUGAAAGGAUAAAGAUGAUAACCAAGGGAGCUGAGAAAGCCAUGGGAACAGGAGAUAGGGACCCUGGGAAAGCCCCCAUGGAUAACAGAAGGGAUGACACUGACUCCUGGUAUAGUAUACAUCAUCUCCUCUUCUUCCUAGACCUCUUCUUUUUUUUCUUUCUUUGACAGGAUCUUGCUAUUGUAGCCCAGGCAGCCUUGAACUCACAGUGAUCCUCCUGCCUCAGCCUACCAAGUGCUGGGAUUACAAGCAUCAGCCACCACACCUGGCUACACAUCAUCUUUGUUUAUUUCUACCCUUACUGGGUCAUGGGUGUUGGGCAGAUACCAAAGAGCCAAAUAGUGGUGGGGCUGGCUUGGCAGGGUGCCUUGCUUGAGCUAGGAAAGCUUUACUUUGUCUGCGUGCCUCCACCUGAGAUGCAUGACCCAGCGUGCUGGGAGAUCACAUAUUCCAGGGGCCACUGUAGGCCUUCCCCUUCAUCCACCCCCACCCUUCCAUAGACCUUGUGCUCACCCAGGAGCUUCUAGAUGGAAAUCAGAAGGAGGCUCAAGGAGCCAAACAAAUGGUCACCCCCCCCACUGUCCACUCCCUGCCCCGUGUAGAGCUCCAGCCAACUCCAUCACCAGCUCAGUGACUGCUGACUGGAACAAAAAGGCUCUCUGGUUGCACCGAAUGCGGCUCUCAAACUGGUCUUGUACUUGCUGAAUAAAUACUGUUGUUCUUGCCUUA